CAAAACUAAAAAUAUUUUGUUUGUUUGUUUGAAUCGUCUGUCAUUUUAUAUUUGGUCCAUGAAAAUUUUAUGAAUUAGCCUAGAAUAAAUCAAGAAGAAAAUAAUUUACAUACGAAUAUUUUUUUAAACAUUGAAAUACAAAUCUUAUUCAAUCGGAAAAAUGAGUUCUAGACCUUCUUUCCACCAAGUAAAUGGAAGAAGACAAUAUGUGCAAAGACCCUCGCCUCCUGAAUCUUCUCAAGCUGAAAUAAUUAAAUAUGUUCAAGAAAGCUGGAAAAAUAUUCUAAGAGAAAUAGAGUAUAGCCGUUCUCAGGUUGCUGAAGGCAAAGCCCCAAGCAUUUCAUAUUAUUGUAGCAACAUGCCUGAAGAACAAAGCCCUCACCCAGAUUUUAAGCGAUUUGACCUAGAUGGCUUUUUGGAAAGAAGAUCUUUACAUAUGCAAGCAAAUAAGCAGUCAUCUCAAUAAAUCAUUAGUUGAAAGGGGUGGUGGAGAAUUAGAGAAAAAUCUUCAUACAAUAGGAACAUAUUUUGAAAAAACUUCACAUCCAUUUUAAGGACUGCAUAUUUUAUUUUGAGACCAAUAACACUUAUGUUAGGUAUAUAAAAUUGUUAAUCGUCAUUUAAUUUUUUUAAAAAAAAUAUUUUGCUUGUACAAAUGCAUAUUUUGUAAAGGCAAAUCAUUUGUAAAGUCAGAAAGAUUUGCUAGUUAUUUACAGAUUACUUUUUAUACUUUAAUGAAGCAUAUGUGUAAUCUAUUAUAAAAAAUGAAUUUAUUUUGUCACCAAAUCCCUAUAUAUUCUAAUACAAAAGCAAUAAUAUUUAUUCUGUGUUUUCCUUUUACUGUUGUGUUAUGUAAUGUCUCACGGUUUUUGUUACUGUCAUUGUAUUAUAAUUUAAUUGUUAAGUAUUAACUUAUUAAAGUCUCUUUUCCAUAA